CGUCCGCCCCACGCCGCCGUUGCGCUCGCCCCCGGCCCGCGGCGCCCCCCGCACCGCCCGCGUUCCCGGCCUCCCGGCGCCUCUUCCAUGGAAGACCGGAGCCUGGCUGAAGAGAAGGGGCUGUGCUGUCAGAACCCCGACUGCAUGGACAAGGGGCGGGCGGCUAAGAUAUGCCACCACGCCGACUGCCAGCAGCUGCACCGCCGGGGCCCCCUCAGCCUCUGCGAGGCCUGUGACAGCAAGUUCCACGGUGCCAUGCAUUAUGAUGGGCACGUCCGCUUCGACCUGCCCCCCCAAGGCUCUGUCCUGGCUCGGAAUGUGUCCACCCGGUCAUGCCCCCCGCGCACCAGCCCUGCAGUGGACAUAGAGGAGGAGGAAGAGAGCUCUGUGGAUGGCAAGGGGGACCGGAAGAGCACAGGCCUGAAGCUCUCCAAGAAGAAAGCCUGGAGGAGACACACAGAUGACCCAAGCAAGGAGUGCUUCACGCUGAAAUUUGACCUGAACGUGGAUAUCGAGACAGAGAUCGUACCAGCCAUGAAGAAGAAGUCGCUGGGGGAGGUGCUGCUGCCAGUAUUUGAAAGGAAGGGCAUUGCGCUGGGCAAAGUGGAUAUCUACCUGGACCAGUCCAACACGCCCCUGUCCCUCACCUUUGAGGCCUACAGGUUCGGGGGACACUACCUGCGGGUCAAAGCCAAGCCAGGGGACGAGGGGAAGGUGGAGCAGGGGGUGAAGGACUCCAAGUCCCUGAGUCUGCCAAUCCUGCGGCCAGCCGGGGCUGGGCCCCCCACCCAGGAGCGUGUGGACCCGCAGAGCCGCCGGGAGAGCCUGGACAUCCUGGCCCCAGGCCGCCGCCGCAAGAACAUGUCGGAGUUCCUGGGGGAGGCGAGCAUCCCUGGGCAGGAGCCCCCAGCGCCCUCCAGCUGCUCUCUGCCCAGCGGCAGCAGUAGCGGCAGCAGCAGCAGUGGCGGCAGUGACAGCUGGAAGAACCGGGCGGCCAGUCGCUUCAGCGGCUUCUUCAGCUCAGGACCCAGCACCAGCGCCUUCGGCCGGGAGGUGGCCAAGCUGGAGCAGCUGGAGGGCAAGCUGCACGCCUACAGCCUCUUUGGGCUGCCCAGGCUGCCCCGGAGGCUGUGCUUUGACCAUGACUCAUGGGAGGAGGAAGGUGACGAAGAGGAGUACGAGGACGACGCCUGCCUGCGGCUGGAGGACAGCUGGCGGGAGCUCAUCGAUGGCCACGAGAAGCUGACCCGGCGGCAGUGCCACCAGCAGGAGGCGGUGUGGGAGCUCCUGCACACAGAGGCCUCCUACAUUAAGAAACUGAGGGUGAUCACCAACCUGUUCCUGUGCUGCCUCCUGAAUCUGCAAGAGUCAGGGCUGCUGUGUGAGGUGGAGGCGGAGCGCCUGUUCAGCAACGUCCCGGAGAUCGCGCGGCUGCACCGCGGGCUGUGGGGCAGCGUGAUGGCGCCAGUGCUGGAGAAGGCGCGGCGCACGCGGGCGCUGCUGCAGCCCGGGGAUUUCCUCAAAGGCUUUAAGAUGUUCGGCUCCCUCUUCAAGCCCUACAUCCGAUACUGCAUGGAGGAGGAGGGCUGCAUGGAGUACAUGCGGGGCCUACUACGCGACAACGACCUCUUCCGGGCCUACGUCACGUGGGCCGAGAAGCACCAGCAGUGCCAGCGGCUGAAGCUGAGCGACAUGCUGGCCAAGCCCCACCAGCGGCUCACCAAGUACCCGCUGCUGCUCAAGUCGGUGCUAAGGAAGACCGACGAGCCGCGCGCCAAGGAGGCCGUCGUCACCAUGAUCGGCUCGGUGGAGCGCUUCAUCCACCACGUGAACGCGUGCAUGCGGCAGCGACAGGAGAGGCAGCGGCUGGCGGCCGUGGUGAGCCGCAUCGACGCCUACGAGGUGGUGGAGGGCAGCAACGACGAGGUGGACAAGCUCCUGAAGGAAUUUCUACAUCUGGACCUGACAGCACCCAUCCCUGGCGCCUCCCCUGAGGAGACACGCCAGCUGCUGCUGGAAGGGAGCCUGAGGAUGAAGGAGGGGAAGGACAGCAAGAUGGACGUGUACUGCUUCCUCUUCACCGACCUGCUCUUGGUGACCAAGGCAGUGAAGAAGGCAGAGAGGACCAAGGUGAUCAGGCCACCACUGCUGGUGGAAAAGAUCGUGUGCCGGGAGCUUCGGGACCCUGGGUCCUUCCUUCUCAUCUACCUGAACGAGUUCCACAGUGCUGUGGGGGCCUACACGUUCCAGGCCAGCGGCCAGGCUUUGUGCCGUGGCUGGGUGGACGCCAUCUACGAUGCCCAGAGCCAGCUUCAGCAGCUGCGUGUGCAGGAGCACCCAGGCAGCCAGCAGCACCUGCAGAGCCUGGAAGAGGAGGAGGACGGGCCAGAGGACGAGGACGAGGAAGGAGGGGAGAGCAGCGCAUCGGCUGCCAGUUCCCCUACCGCCCUGCGCAAAAGCAGCAGCAGCCUCGACUCGCAGCGCUGUGUCUCGGAUGGCUCCACGGAGACCCUGGCCAUGGUGGUGGUGGAGCCUGGGGGGAUGCUGUCCUCUCCCGAGUUCGAGGGCGGCCCCUUCAGCUCCCAAUCAGACGAGACCUCUCUCGGCACCACCGCCUCGUCUGUCACGCCCACCAGCGAGCUGCUGCCCCUGGGCCCAGUGGAUGGCCGCUCCUGCUCUAUAGACUCCGCCUACGGCACCCUCUCCCCGACCUCCCUGCAAGACUUUAUGGCCUCGGCCCCUACGGUGGAGCCAGCACUCCGGCCCCCAGAGUCAUCGCGAGCCCCUUCACCCCCACCCUCGCCCCGCCUCCGCCGACGCACUCCUGUCCAGCUGCUGCCCUGUCUGCCCCACCUGCUCAAGUCCAAAUCUGAGGCCAGUCUCCUCCAGCUGCUGUCGGGGGCCACCACCCGUGGAGCACCCCCAGCCCCUAGCCGCAGCCUGUCGGAACUCUGCUUGGCUGCUACCGUCCCUGGCACCAGGACUCAGGGCUCCCCUCAGGAAGCUGGGCCCAGCUGGGAUUGCCAGGGGGCACCAGGCCCUGGCAGUGGCCCCGAGCUGUCAGAGCUGGAGGGUGGAGCCGGCUGCCCAGCUGGGGAGCCCAAAGGACCCACCAGGAGGAGCAGAGAGCUGUCCUCGGGGGCCUCGCCCAGGGUCCAGCCUGAGCCCCCUCCAGGGACCUCUGCCCAGCACAGGAAGCUGACGUUGGCCCAGCUCUACCGAAUCAGGACCACCCUGCUGCUUAACUCCACCCUCACUGCCUCGGAGGUCUGAGCAGAGGGAGGCUCCCAGGGGUGCCACUGACCAAGGCACAGCAGACAGCACGCCUCCUGGGGUGUGCCGGCCCCUGCUCCAGCUGCUGCCUUAUGUGUGCCCCAGCCAGAGUGCUGGGCAGGACCCCUGCCACCGCCCCCAGGGCCCAAUUUGCACUUUGCCAGACUGGCUGGAAGUGGAGGAGGGCUCAGCAGAGGCCCAGGCCCAGGCUGCAGGGCCCUGUUACAGCCACCACUGUCACUAACCUGCCUGUGCCUCCGCCCCCCAGCCUAGGCAGGGUCCCUUGCCCAAUACCCCCGGAGUCACCAGCUCCAAGCCUCUGGGCUGGGCUCCAGGGCUGGGAUCCCAGGCAGCCCUUCCCACCUCCACCCUCAUCUGGCCCCAAUGGGACGGUUCCCCUGCCCUCGCCUCCCUCCCUCCCUCCCUCCCACCCACCCAGACCUGGGCUGGGCUCUGUGUAAAGUUGCAUAUUUAUUGAGCUUUUGAUUCUUUUAUAAAGACUUGUAUAUACUCCACCGGAAAGAGUCCUUUGCUUUUGGAACGCCCCCCUUUCUGGACUCAGGUGCACUUGGGUGCCUCCCUGGGCUCCCGCCCCCUCCCUCUGGUGGGGCCCCGCUGGAAGAGACUGUGGGAGCAGAAGUGAAUUAGUCGGGCGGAGAUCGCCUGACUAGUACUCCCAAGAUCAACCCCUGUCCCCUGCCGCAGACAUGAGGCCCACCACUAGAGCCCCCCACGAGGUGCCCUCCCCCACGUGGUACCUUAGAGAGCCCCGCCCUGAGCCACCCCUCUGAGCUUAUGCCAGGGUGGGCCGUGGUCUCAGGCUCUUGUGAAAGUGCCCCCUAGGACUCCCCUCCAGGGCGGGGGGACGCCACGCAGUACGUGGGGAGGGUGGGUCUCCCACCUGGGUACUUCUGGCCCAACCCCUCAUGGCUGAGGGCGGGCUCUGAGGCCCAGAGAGGGGAGGUCGCCUCCCUAGGAAGCGGUGGUCUCAGGGUUGAAGCUAGCACCCAGGCGUGGGACCUGGCUGCAGCCCUGUGCUGUGUGCACCUUGCCCACCAACCGCCUCAGGUGAGCUCAGGUGCGGGCUUCGGCCUGGGGGCUCGCUUCCUGGUACCGGCGGCCCCGCCCUGCGCCCUCCCCCUCCCCCUCCCCUCCCCCUAGGCGGGCUCUUCGGGCGGCGCGG